AUGUUUCAUAUAAGUUAAUUUAUCCUACUGGGAUAUUGUUAUGGUUAGAUUUUGUACUUAGAGAAUUUUGUAGGUGAUGACUUUAUUGAUUCUUAAGGUAAUUACUUAAUUUAAGUUAGGAUGGUUUGUAAGUGGAGAAAAUAAAUAAAUUUCUUAUUGUGGUUUAACAAAAUUAUUUGGAGGUUAUAAAGCAUUUGGAAUAGAUGCAAAGAUUACAAAAUUAAUUUAAUUACCUCCUCAUUAUGCAGUAAAGAUUGAAUUUGAAUUAUGGAAGUAAUAUUAAGAAAUAAAAUAUAGAAUAGAUUAUUGGAAUUUGGAUGAUUAUUAUUUCCUAUAUUUAGAUUAAAAGUUAGUUAUCUAAAGCAAUUUUUAAUCUAUAAGUACAUCAUAAAUUAUGUGUGGAGCUCCUUUUGCAGGUCCAAAUUGGAAAGAAAAAAAGUAAGCAAUAAGUAUUAAUGAGUAUCACAAUUAAGAAACAAUUGUAAUUUUAAUGACUACAAAUAUAGAUGAACCAUCUGAUAUAGUAUAUAUGUUAUAUAUUAAAGAAAUCUUGGGGUAUUAGAGAUUUUAGAUUAUACAUAUUUAAAUGUCCAUCUGGAUGUAUUACAUGUAUAUAAAGUGAUUCUAGAACAGAAUGCAUUUAUUGGAUUAUGAUUAAUAAUAGUUUAUCAAGAGAUGAUAAUAGUCAAUUGAAAAUAGAAGGUUGGAUAAUUAAUUAUGGAUUCAAAUAAUAGAGUACAUGUCUAUGUAUUUAAUAAUGUUAUAAUUUAUGAUAGCUAUUCCAAUUUUAGGUGGAUACAAUUUAGUAGGUAGAAAUAGUAUAAUUAUGAAGUAAAUUGAUUUACCAGUUCAUAGUUUAGUAAAAAUAAAAUAUCGGUUUAUUUUUAUUGAUUAAUGGAAUUCAGAAUAUGCAUAAUUAUAUAUUGAUAAUUAAUUAAUGUGGAAUUAUGUUCAUACAUCUAUGAAUAAAGAUACUAAUUUAUGUGGGGAUUAAUUAUAUGGUGAAACUUUCUUAAAUCAUGAAAUUACUAUAAAACAUAUAAAUCCAUAAAUAGAAAUUAAAUUUACAUCUACAUUAUUAAAUGAAUAUUCAAUAUCAUCUUUUGGAAUAAGAGAUUUCUAAUUAUUUAUAUGUAUAAUUAUAUAUAUAAUAUUUAGCUUGUUAAUUUGGAUAUUCUUUCGAUUAAUCAUGUGGAAGUUAAUGUGGUAAUGGAUAUAAAGAAGGAUUUGAAUAAUGUGAUGAUGGUAAUAUAUAUCCAUUUGAUGGAUGUUUUAAUUGUUAAUAUUAAUGUGUUCAAGGUUGUUCUAAUUGUAUAGAUGGUAUUUGUAUUGAAUGUUAAAUUGGAUGGAUUUUUAAUAUUAUUUAAUUUUAAUGCGAACCUUUAUGUGGAGAUAAUAUAAUAACACAAAUAGAAGAAUGUGAUAAUUAUUUAGAUUCAUCAAAUUUAUAAUAAUAUGGAUGCAAUUAGUGCAAAUUCUCAUGUUAACAACAAUGUAAAGAUUGUUAAUUUGGUAAGUGUUAUGAUUGUCAUUCUGGAUGGAUAUUAGAUAUUGAUUAAUGUGUUUAUUCUGAAAAUCAAACAUCUGAAUCUAAUAAAGAUUAUUAAUAUCAAUGUUAAUUUGGUUAUUAAUAUAUUAAUUAUUAAUGUGAACCAGUUUGUGGUGAUGGUAUUUUAAUACCUGAUGAAAUUUGUGAAUUACAUUUAUAAUAUCAAAAUUAAGAAUGCUACAAUUGUUUAUAUCUAUGCUCAUCUAAUUGUGAAAUUUGUAUUUAAGGAAUAUGUCAUUAAUGUCAAUAUGGAUAUUAAUUAGAUAUAAGUAAUUAAUUAUGUCUUGAAAUUUGUGGUAAUGGUAUUGUAACCAAAAAUGAAGAAUGUGAUGAUUUUAAUAAUCAAAAUUCUGAUGGAUGUUCAAAUAACUGUCUUAUUGAAUCCAAUUAAAUAUGCAAAAAUUUUGAUUAUUCAUUUACUGAAUGUAGUUAUGAAAAAUAUCCAUCAUUCAAACUGUCAUUAAUUAAAACAUAUUAUUAAUUUCAGUAUGUUUCAAUACAUUUUGAUUAACAACUCUAAUAUUAUAAAUCAAAUUAAUAUUCACAAAAAAUAAUAAUUAAUCUAUUAAAUGUAGAAUAAGGACUCUUUAAUUUAAAUUUAAUUCCUAUUUAAGAACCAUUCUCAACAAUCUCAGAUGUUAAAUAUGAAAUUGAAAUUUAAAUAAAUACAAUAUAAACUACACCACCUCUACUUGAAAUCAUCCUUGAAGAUUAACUUUAUAAUUAAAAUGGGGCUCCUCUUUUAAAUUUAAAAAAUAGCAUUAAACUUAAUCCCCCUGAGUACAUAGAUGAUCACACAAAAUAAACUGCUACAUUACUAUAAAAUAUUGCUAAAUAUACAAUCAUUUCUAUGGCAAGCUCAGGAAUUAUUACUUUUUGCUUUUGUAGUUCCUCUUUACUUUCAGAAACUAUUUAAACAUUACAAUAAUAAUCAUAUCAUCGGUUUAUUAAUGUUAUAUUCCCUCUUAAUUUAUUUAUUUUCUUUGAAUCUACUAAUUUGAUAUCUCUCGAUUUCAUUUUAGAUAAAAUUCAAUUUAAAUCAUAUCUAUUUUACCUAAUUUAAGAAGAUUACAUAGAAUCUUAUCAAAAAUUUUAAUUCUAUCAAAUUAACUCUAAUAUUCUAAGUAAUAUCUAAACACAAAUAUUCUUAAUUCUUAUACUCAUGUUUACCUAUUAUUCAAGUAUUUUUAUCAUAAACUUUCUUUAAAAAUUAAACCAAUCAAAAUAUUUUUAUUUUGGUUUCUCUUUUGCCAUAUUUUUAAUCAAAACCUAAAAGUCCCUUUUAAAGUACAAAAAACAAAUCUAAAAUAAAGGAUUUUAAGAAUUUUUAAAUACUAAUAGUUGGGAUAUGCUAUUUAUGGCUUUUCUUUAAAUACAAAAAUAAACUUAAAAUAUUUUUACUAAUCUUAUUUCUUACCUAAUAUUUUACUUAAUCUUAUUGUUUUCAUCAAAUAUUUUUAAUAAAACUGGUAGAUCAUUUAAAAAAUCAUGGAUUUCAAGAAAUUAAAAUAUUUUAUUAAUCAAAAAAACCUUUUUUAUUGGAAUAUUAGUCUUAUUUCAGCAUAAUUAAUAAAUUUAAACAAUAUUAUUGACAUUUGUUUGCUAAUUUUAUCUAAUUUAUCUUUUUAUUUUUAAACCUUUUGAGAAUAAAUAUCAUUGUAUCAACACUUUUGCCCUAGAAAUUGCAUCAUUUAUAUUUUGUUUUUCCUCUUUCAUCUAUUGGAAUGAGUUUUAUGCUAAAAUUAAUUACAACAUUCUUAUAAUAUUUGCUUGGUUUCAAAUUGGAAUUUUAUUGUCAGUCUUAUUUAUAAAUUUUGUAUUAUAAUUAAUCAUUAUCUGCUUUGAUAUUCAAAAAAUUGUAUAGAAAAAAUUUGCUAAAUAAAGUUCAAAGAAUACUCAUUCAAAUUUAUUUUAUAAAGUCUGA